AUGGACCAAGAUCACCUCCAGCAGUCUCGACAUACAUACCUAUUUGGCUACCCAUUAAAGCAUUCUUUAGCGCCACUACUUCACUCGACCAUCUUUCAGAACCUCAACGUACCGUGGACUUACCAACUCAUUGAAUCUGUCGACAAGGAUGACUUUAUACCCAAACUUAAGGCGAGCGACUGUGUAGGCGCUGCUGUCACCAUGCCGCACAAAGUUGCUUGGAUCAAUGAGUGCGACGAAGUGACAGAAGAAGGACGCGCCAUUGGGGCCAUCAACACUGUUUACAUUCGCAAAGACCCAGUGACUGGCGAGAGGAGAUACAUUGGCACAAACACUGACUGUGUUGGAGUACGCGAGGCUUUCCUACAGAAUGUCCCUGGCAUUGAGAAAAAGAGCAAGGGAAGGCCAGCUCUGGUGAUUGGUGGUGGAGGUGCUUGCAGGAGCGCCAUCUACGCGCUUUACAGCUCGCUGGGCGCCACCGAGAUCUAUCUGGUAAACCGCUUAAAAGAAGAGGCGGAUGCAGUGGUCGAGUCUUUCUCCAACAUACAGGACGGUCCCAAGAUGACAUAUGUCUCAUCUCUCGAACAGGCAAAGACGCUCGAGACGCCGGUUCUCAUUGUCGGAACAGUCCCAGACUUUGCACCUAGCACUGAAGGCGAGAUCUUGGCGCGGGAUAUCGGAAUUGAGUUCCUUCAGAGAAAGGAAAAGGGAACUGUACUGGAGAUGUGCUAUCAUCCCAACAUAAUCACGAGCUUCUCUCGCCUCGCCGAAGAGAAUGGCUGGGAGGUGAUCCCUGGAACAGAAGCCAUGAUCUAUCAAGGAAUUGCACAGGAAGUACUUUGGAUGCAGAAGCCGCUGAAUGAGAUGCCACUCGAAGCUGCGAAGGCGGCAAUAGGAAAGGCUCUGGGGUCUCAAUAA